AUGUAUUAUUCCAUUGCAAGUAACAAUAUGACAGGAAAGAUUCCCUCUUUGAUAUGCAAUGCCACCUAUCUCAUGCUCAUUGACUUGUCCAACAACGGCUUAAUGGGUAGCUUGCCUCAAUGCAUAACAAAUUUUAGCAUCAACUUGUCAAUUUUGAACUUGCGAAUGAAUCACCUCGAGGGCACAAUCCCUCAAUCACUUUAUUUUAGAAGUGAAUUGAUGACUCUUGACUUGAGCCAAAAUUGGUUUGAAGGCAUGUUGCCCCGAUACCUUGUCAAUUGUAUAGAUCUGAAAAUUUUGGAUCUUAGUAGCAAUCAGAUAGAAGAUACAUUCCCGGUAUGGUUGGGAAAACUUCCGAAACUGAAAGUUCUCAUUUUGAGGUCCAACAAUUUGAUGGGUCUUUUGAACAUUUCGAAGGGAGAUCUCAUCUUUCCAAAGUUACGCAUUUUGGAUCUCUCCAACAACAACUUUGGCGGUCCUUUACCAGCCAACUUGAUAAUGAACCUUAGAGGUAUGAAGAAUAUAGAAGAUGAGCCACAUGGACCAUCGUAUAUGACAUGUAAUAUCUUUAAGGGAGGGGAACCAUACGAAAAUUCCAUGACGGUGACGAUGAAAGGGAAAGAAACAAAGCUAGUGAAGAUCUUGACCAUCUUCACAACCAUUGAUUUAUCACACAACUCUUUCCAAGGAGACAUUCCUGAAGCUUUUGGCCAUCUUCACUCUCUCAUAGGACUCAACCUUUCGCACAACCACCUCAUUGGUUCCAUCCCUUUGACUUUAGGAAACUUGACUAAUCUCGGAUGGCUUGAUCUUUCUUCGAACAUGCUUAGUGGGGGAAUUCCUAGAGCACUAGGAGAUUUGGCAUCCCUUGGGUACCUAAAUCUCUCGAAGAACGAACUCACUGGUCGAAUUCCUCAAGACAAGCAAUUGAGCACAUUUUCAAACGACUCAUUUGAUGGAAAUGCAGGCUUAUGUGGAACUCCAUUGCCAAAAGCAUGCCCCGGCGAUGCUCAACCUUCUCCACCAUCGUCCUCAUCAACUUUGGACCGUGAAGGACAUGAGAGUUGGUUCAAACAGAAAGUAGUGUGGAUAGGUUAUGCAUCUGGAAUUGUCAUUGGGAUUUCCGUAGCAUACAUUGCAAUUGAAGCGGGAAGGCCCAAAUGGCUGUCGCGAGGCGUGAGAAUGUUGGAGAGAAGUGCAGUCCAGUGGAUGGAGAAGCCAAAGCGGAAGGCCAUCAAGUUUCAUGGACAGUGA